GAAAAAAUUGAGAGAUGAGAAAAGUAGAGGGGUCAAGAGUUUGAGAGAAAAAAAGAAAAAAGAUAGAGGUGUAGACACUCAGAGGCGAAUAAUAAAAGAGAGAGAUUAAUAGACCCGGAUUAUAACGCUUGAUUUCCUGCAACCAUUUGCACCAAAUGGGGCCGUAGAACCAAGAAAAGAAAAAAGAAAGAAAGAAGUGAAGAAAUUGUUGGGGAAAUUUUGAAUUGAAGAAGGAAUGGGAAGAAGAGAGGCAACUUGACCCAAAAACUAAAAAAAGAAAAAUUUGAAAGAGCUGAAGGGAAUCGAUGACGGUGGCAGCGGGAAUUGGGUACGCCUUGAUAGCACUCGGACCAUCUCUCUCUCUCUUCGUCUCUCUCAUCUCCAAAAAGCCCUUUCUCAUCCUCAUUCUCCUCUCCAGCACACUGUUAUGGUUGAUAAGCCUGAUCGUGUUGUCGGGAGUAUGGAGGGCGUUUCUCCCUCUGAACCCAAACUCUUGGUGGCUGUACGGCGUCCUUUUGUUCACGGCGGUUGCUUUUCAAGAAGGCUUGCGCCUUCUCUUCUGGAAGCUCUACAAGAGGUUGGAAGAUGUAUUGGAUGCUUUUGCUGAUAGAGUAUCGAAACCACGCCUAUAUGCCACCGAUAAGAUGCAAAUUGCUCUCGCUGGCGGUCUAGGUCACGGCUUGGCCCACGCUGUGUUUUUCUGUCUCAGCCUCUUAACGCCGGCAUUUGGUCCAGCUACAUUUUUCGUUGAUUCGUGCUCACAAAUACCCUUUUUCCUUGUUUCUGCAAUUAUUGCUCUUGCAUUUGUCACAAUUCACACUUUCUCAAUGGUUAUAGCAUUCAACGGAUAUGCGGAAAGUAAUAAAGUGGACCAGUUGUUUGUUCCUAUAGUUCAUCUUGUUGCAGCAAUGGUGACACUAGUUAAUUUCACAUCUGGGGGUUGCGUUAUCGGUAUUCCUCUAGUCUAUAUUGUUGCAAUCUUGACUCUACUACAUUGCGGUAAGAUGGUGUGGAGAAAAUUGACGGAAGACCGAAGUCGACAGGCGACAAUAUAAUUCAUUGUCACCAACAACUUGUAUGGAAUCUUUUCACUUUUUUUUUAUUCCAGUUUUGUCUCUUGAGUACAGGCAAACUCAAACUCAAACUCAAAGUUGAGCAUGAACAAAUUCCAGAAAAUGAAGAAAUGUUUUUGUUAAUGCAUGAGGAUAAGGCCCACUGUGUUAGGCACGGCAAAGGUGAAAAAUAUUCUCAUA